UCUUAACUGGGCCAUUGCCAUAAGAUGAACAAUAACGCUUUAUUUCUGCUGCUGUUGGCCACAUUGCUAACGGGCACCAGACAGCUCUCGCUGCCCACAGAUAACAGUUAUGUUGCCGGCGUUGUGGAAUAUCUGGUGGAGACGGGCACCCAAAGGGAGCGUACGUCAAAGGCGACAGCCGGAUUUGUGAAAAUACUCGAGUCAAGCGAUGCAUCAGAUCUGGACAUCAUUGUCUUUCCCGAGUACGUGCUAAACAGUCCGGAGAUGGCGACAUUUGUGCCGUCGCCGUCGCAGAACGUGACGCCCUGCAUCUCGCCCGACUACGAGCUGUUCAUGGUCGAGCUGUCGUGUGCGUCUCGAGCGCGCAACAUCUAUGUGGCCUUCAAUGUGGUGGAGAAGGAACUGUGUGGCGAUGGAGUCGUUAGGUCCGAUACGCUCAGUCCGUGUCCGGCGAGCGGGGUGCGUUUAUUCAACACGAACGUUGUGCUGGAUCGACGAGGUCAAGUCAUUUCCCGUUAUCGGAAGUCGCACUUAUGGCGCAGGGAGUAUAAUUCACGAUCGUUAAUCCGUCAACCAGAAUUGUCAACAUUCGAGACGGACUUUGGCGUCACUUUCGGUCAUUUCAUCUGCUUCGAUAUGUUGUUUUAUGAGCCAGCAAUGCAAUUGCUGAUCGAGCGCAAUGUUACCGAUAUUAUUUACACGACCUAUUGGUUCUCGGAGCUACCGUUUUUGGGCGCCAUCCAGCUCCAGGAGGGCUGGGCCUAUGCAAAUAAUGUAAAUCUUCUCGCUGCCGAUGGUAGCCAGCCGGCUGGACGCACCACCGGUUCGGGUAUUUAUGCGGGUCGUGCUGGUCGUCUGGUAGCUGAGAUAUACGAGGAGCCCACGAUCAAGCUGCUCAAAGCGAGGCUGCCAAAGAGGCCGGUCGCUGGAGGAGGGCCACUCUUUGAAAUGCCGCCGCAGGUGGUGCCGUCAUUUCAGGCGCAGCUGGUCACACCGCGUUUCACGCGGCUCGCCACAUAUCGCGAUUACAAUUUGGACAUAUUCACCACCGAGCUGCUCGAGGUGAAUUUCACGCAGAUCACGAACAAAACGCUUUGUCACCACGAUUUCUGCUGCACUUUCGAUGCGCAGCGUCGUCCGAUUGGCAGCUCAGCGGACCAUGUCGCCUACCGUUAUCGGUUGGGCGUCUAUCGGGGCAAUGAUACCACCUUCAUUUUGGUCGAUCGCAGCGAGCAGGCUGUCUGCGCCAUAUUUGCCUGUCUCGAUGAACAGUUGUUCAGCUGCGGUCGCAUUUUUCCCACCGGGACCAGUGUGGCCAACACAUAUUAUUUUGAUCGCAUUCGCAUUGAGGGUGUUUUUCCAGGAGCGCCACGUCGCCUCAUUAUGCCCAGCACCCUAGAUGGCGUCAUGAUGCCACUGAAUGUGGCACAAUACAAUUGGACGGAGACGCCACCGGCCAAGGAGCUGAAGGAUACGCGAGUGCAAAUGGAGUUGCUGAGCCCCAAAAAUGAUCUGUUAACCUUUGGCAUUUGGGCCAAUUACUUCACACAACUGCCAACCACCCACAAUUUGGAUCAUCUGCAACCAACGCCAGGGGCAAACAGUACAGCCCCACCUGGUACGGAUGGUGGCGCAGGUCGUUCAACUAUUGCGCCUGCUGCGACCCUCUGCUUGCUAUUAUUCUCCUUAAUUGUGCAGCUUUAAAUGGUUAAUUUUUUAUGAAGUUCUUGAAAUUUAUAUAUAAUUUUUUUUUUUUUGCUUUCCUUUAAACGUAUAUUUAUCCAUUUCAUAUGCUUCCGUUAAAAAAAAAUAUUUUUUUUUGUAUUUA